UGGAUACAGUAGAUUUCACAGAAUUCGCAGCCGAAACGGUGGAUUUAUUGCAGUUACUUGUUGCUGGUUAACUGAGAACUUUGAAUUUAAUAAAAUCUUGUUGUGUGUAAAAAAAACAUUUGAAGAUAUUAUCGAAGCUUUAGAUCUGUGGAAAUUAGAAAACUUGAAAUUUUUUAAUGGCAAUGAAUGUUUUUAUAAUCAGCUAAAAGAAAAGUACCAAGAUAUUAUAUAUAUAAAAAAAGUUGUGAUUGGCAUGAGUGGUAAUGAUUUAAUACAAACAAGUUUAAGUAGAUGGGCUAGCAAACAUACCAGUACUCAAAGAAUUUCUAAUAUUAUCAAAGCUGUUCGAAAUGCUACUAAUGGUCUUUGCGGUGUAGUAAGUAUUUUGAAGAAUCCUAAAAUGCAAAGAGAAAUGAAUCUAACAAUUAAUGAUUGUUGUAGUUGCCACUAUCAUAAAAUAGAAUUCCUUUCAUUGCUAAAUAAAUCUUUCAAAACAUUGCUUAAUUACAGUAAUCAUAAUGAUGGUUUCAUUAGAAACAGCAUAAUUAGAUUUAAAAACGAUUCAUUAGAUAAUUUACCAUUUAGUAUAUUUCCUGAAUUACUACGAUUAUUCAAACCCUUGGAACAUAACGAUGUUACUGAGAAAAAUGCUAUCGAUCUAGUUGUUAAUGCUAUUAACAUUUUGAAUGAGAUUUCUCAGUUAACUGUGCCGAAUGAGCUUUUGGAAGAAUACAAGGCACUUGAAUCAUUUCUAAUAUUUUUAAUUCGUUCAUAUGGCUCAUAUUUCCACACAAGUGUAAGUUCAUUUCUAGAUCUGCGUUCGAAACCAGUUAACGUUAUUUCUAAUUGGAAAAAUUCAAAACAUGAAUUUCCUAGUUUAGCUACUCUUGCAAGUGAAUAUUUGCCUUUGGUGUCGAAUUAUGAAAUGCGAUCAAAUAAUCUUAAAAAAUGUAUAGAAGUUUAUCAAAAUAAUGAUGUG